AAGAAAACAAACAUAAAACAUGUGCAGAUCACUUCCUAACACCACCGAUAAUAAUACUGCUGAGACUCUAUACAAACUCGAGGCUCUCGCUAAUCAGGCUGAAGGAGGGGAUGAGGAAGACGAUGAACUUCCGGAAGAGUUGUCAAGGUUAGUGGAUAAGGAAUCCAAGAGCAUGCUCCCUCCACAAGAGGCCAUUGAAACCAUAAACUUGGGAACAGAUGAAGAACCCAAAAACAUUAAGAUUGGGGCAACGCUAGGUAAGGACGUAAAAGCAACGUUAAUCAAGCUCCUCCACGAGUAUGCAGAGAUUUUUGCUUGGUCAUACCGUGAUAUGCCGGGGUUGGAUACAGACAUCGUGGUACACAGGUUACCUCUCAAAGAAGGAUGUGCGCCGGUCAGGCAAAAGCGCAGAAGGGUUCGACCAGAUAUGGAUAGUAAGAUUAGGGAAGAGGUGCUCAAACAGUUCGAUGCCGGGUUUCUUGCUGUGGUUGACUACCCACCUUGGAUUGCAAACAUAGUGCCGGUUCCUAAAAAAGACGGGAAAGUGCGCAUGUGUGUAGAUUACAGGGAUCUAAAUAAAGCAAGUCCAAAAGAUGAUUUCCCACUUCCACAUAUAGAUAUCUUGGUGGAUAAUACAGCACAAGCUUCAGUGUUCUCUUUUAUGGAUGGUUUCUCCGGGUAUAAUCAGAUUAAGAUGGCUCCCGAGGAUAUGGAAAAGACUACCUUCAUGACCUCUUGGGGCACUUUUUGCUACAAAGUAAUGCCAUUCGGGUUGAGAAAUGCAGGGGCAACAUAUCAAAGAGCCAUGGUCACAUUAUUCCAUGAUAUGAUCCAUAAAGAGGUCGAAGUAUAUGUAGAUGAUAUGAUUGCCAAGUCUCGCACUGAAGAAGAACAUAUUACAAAUCUACAUAAGCUGUUUGAACGUCUAAAGAAGUACAAGCUAAGGUUAAACCCGAACAAGUGUACGUUUGGUGUAAGAUCGGGAAAGCUGUUGGGAUUCAUUGUAAGCCAACGAGGUAUAGAGGUUGAUCCCGAUAAAGUAAAAGCCAUACAAGCGAUGCCCGUUCCAAAAACAGAAAAAGAGGUACGAGGUUUCCUGGGUCGAUUGAAUUACAUCUCAAGGUUCAUUUCACAUCUAACAGCUACAUGCGAGCCUAUAUUCAAACUACUCAGGAAAGAUCAACCUAUCAAGUGGAAUGAUGAUUGUCAAGUAGCCUUCGAAACCAUAAAGAACUACUUACAAGAACCACCUAUACUCUUACCUCCUGUACCCGGAAGGCCACUAAUCAUGUACCUCACAGUACUCGAAAGGUCUAUGGGGUGUGUACUGGGGCAACAAGAUGAAACAGGCAGGAAAGAACACGCUAUUUACUACCUCAGUAAGAAAUUCACGGAUUGCGAGUCUCGGUAUUCACCAUUGGAAAAGACAUGUUGCGCCCUAGCAUGGGCCUCCAAACGUCUAAGGCAAUAUAUGCUGAACCACUCCACAUGGCUGAUAUCGAGAAUGGAUCCUUUGAAAUACGUGUUCGAAAAACAGGCUCUCACGGGUAGAAUUGCAAGAUGGCAAAUGUUGUUGUCCGAAUACGACAUACAGUAUGUAACUCAAAAAGCAAUAAAAGGGAGUGUCUUGGCAGAACAUCUUGCCCACCAACCACUCGAGGAAUACCAAUCUAUGAAGUUCGACUUCCCAGACGAGGAUAUUAUGCUAGUAAGAGACUAUGAAAUACCGGGACCCGAUGAGGGACCCGAACCGGGUUUGGUAUGGAAACUCAUGUUCGACGGUGCUUCAAAUGCACUAGGACAUGGCAUAGGGGCAGUAUUGACAUCUCCCGAUGACCGACACUUACCCUUCACUGCAAGACUAUGUUUCGACUGUACCAACAACAUUGCAGAAUACGAAGCAUGCAUAUUGGGGUUAGAAGCUGCAAUCGACCUAAGAAUCAAACUCCUUGAUGUAUACGGAGACUCAGCAUUGGUAAUCCAUCAGGUCAACAAAGAGUGGGACACUCGAGAUGCAAAGCUAAUCCCAUACCGAGACCUUAUACUGGAGUUGACAGCUGAAUUUGAUACUAUCACCUUUACUCAUAUCCCGAGGGAAGAAAAUCAAAUAGCCGAUGCACUAGCAACGCUUUCCUCUAUGUUCAAAGUGACCUGGCCAAACCAUGAACCACGAAUAACCGUUAGGCACUUCGACGAACCUGCCUAUUGUCUCACGAUCGAGGAGCAGUCUGACAACAAACCAUGGUACCACGACAUUAAAGAGUACCUGGAAAAACAAGAAUACCCGGAGAAUGCCUCAACAAUUGAUAAAAAGACACUGAGGAGACUUGCAUCCAAGUUCUUCUUAAGCGGAAGCAUCCUAUACAAAAGGAACUAUGAUUCAGUGUUAUUGAGGUGUGUAGAUAAAAACGAGGCCAAGGAAAUUAUCAGGGAGGUACAUGAAGGAACCUUCGGAACUCAUGCAAACGGACAUUCAAUGGCUAGAAAGAUACUGCGGGCAGGGUAUUACUGGUUAACGAUGGAGGCCGACUGUUUCCAAUAUGCAAGGACCUGUCACAAGUGCCAAAUCUACGCUGACAAGGUGCACGUACCACGAAACUUACAAAUCAUUAGACUGAAAUAA